AUGAGAAUGAUGCUCAACUUUGUCAAAGGAAGCACUUCGUUUGAAAGUAUUAGAACAAUUAAUGGAGUGGCCUAUCCUACUUUUAAAGUAGCAUGCUAUGCUUUGGGAUUAUUAGACAAUGAUAAAGAGUGGAUCGAUUGCUUGACUGAAGCUGCAAUUUGGGCAACCUUAGCUUAUGAAGCAAUGACACAUUCUUUUGAGAAUAACGAACGCAAUUUAUUUUUUAUUAAUGGACAUGGAGUCAUAGCAACUUUAUUAUUGCCUAAUGAUAGGAUAGCUCAUUCACGAUUUCAUAUUCCCUUGGAUGUUACAACAGAGUCAACUUAUGAAAUUCGACACGGCACCCAAUUAGCUGCACUUCUUACGAAAACUUCCUUGAUCAUUUGGGAUGAAGCACCUAUGGAAAAUAAGUUUUUCUUUGAAGCUUUGGAUAAGACCUUAAGAGAUAUUCUAAGAACAAGUUAUGAAAAUAGUUAUACCAAACCUUUUGGAGGACUUACGAUGGUAUGUGGUGGCGAUUUCCGUCAAAUAUUGCCAGUUGUCCCAAAGGGUACAAGAGUUGACAUUGUUGAUGCUUCUCUUAACUCAUCAUACUUGUGGUUGUUUUUCAAAAUAUAUCAGCUCAACCAAAACAUGAGGCUCUAUAAUGGAAGUGUAAGUAGCUCUGAGGCUGCUAAAAUAGCUUCUUUUGACAAAUGGUUCUUGCAGAUUCGAGAUGGUUCAUUAUAUGAUGACACUGAUAGAGAAUUAAUAAAAAUUUCUUCGGAUAUAUGGAAAAACUCAUCUGAAGAUCCAAUGAAAUCUAUAGUUGAAGCUAUCUACUCUUCACUUUUGCAUAAGUACAAUGAUUCGACAUAUUUGAAAGAAAGAGCAAUAUUAACGCCAAAAAAUGAAAUGGUUCAGGAGUUGAAUGAGAUGAUUAUGAAUAUAAUGCCGAGAGAAGGGAGAACCUAUUUAAGCUUUGACAGUAUAUGCAAAGCAAGCGUCAACACAAAUGAUGAAGAUCUUCUGUACCAAGCUGAAUUUUUGCAUGGUUUGAAAUUUAAUGGCAUCCCAAAUCAUGACAUACGACUUAAGGAAGGUGCUCCUGUAAUGCUACUUAGAAAUCUAAAUCAAAUAGAGGGCCUAUGCAAUGGCACAAGGUGCCACCAGCAAGGUGUGUAUGCUUCGUACACAUUUGGCCCUCAAGGCAGUCAAGUCAAGGUUAUCCUUCUAGAUACUAGAUACCACCAAGACCCUCUCUCUAGUGAUGGGACUAUCUUGGGGGCUUCACAAUGGACAUGGUUGGAAAAGGAGCUCAAUAGUACACCUUCAUCUAUCACUAUAAUUGGCUUUUCUAUUCAGGUAGCUGUUAAUAAUACAUGA